AUGCAAUUUCAUGCUUAUUUCUAUGUCAACGAUGUAUGUGACAAUAUAGAUACCUUAUUGAAUCGUCUAUUCGCUGACAAACAAGAGCAUACUGUUUACCUUAAGUGUCCACAACGUCAAAAAUUGACACAAGCUCUCAAACGUAUUUGUAUUCCUCUUACUUGUCCCAAUUUACGAUUAGAGUCAAACAUCAACUAUGCAUCUGAGCAGCUAUCUAAUCAAAAUUUAUCUACUUCAUUUAUUCCCUCUAAAACUCUUCGUAAACAACGAAGUAGUACUAUGCUUGAUGUUCAUGUCGAUCAAAUUAUUCGAGAUCAUCGUUGGAUUGUUCUUCUCGGCAGUUCAGGUUGUGGAAAGACAACAUUGGCUCGAUGGUUAACCCAUGAAUUUGCGCGAGCUAUAUCAGAGGAUCUAGAGCAAGUUUCGAUUAAAGUUGGUGACGAAAAGAAACAUUUCGGACCAGCUCGUCUACCUAUUCUGAUUUGUGUAAGCGAAUUCACAGAUUGGUUACAAAGUCAUCCGACUUCUACACUAUUUGAUUAUCUUGGACAACACACCUGGCA